CUCGUGUACGUUUUGUCGGCUCGUUGGGUGCGUUGAAGGAAUGCAUGGCAUCGUUCUGCUACAUGGUGCAUCUUCCUGUCAAGUCGACGUCAUCGAGUGAACCCUCGAGUUUCACACAGUGAGGCCAUGAUAUGCUUGUGUUGGUUGACGUGGUGGCGAGGAGCAACCAACGGCGUGCCCGUCGUUUGCGCUGGAGGCGGCAGCCAGGACUCGUGCCUUGACAUCGUUCAAUUCUUCGAGCAACUCCAAUUGUCCCGACUACGGAAGAUGCCAUGGAAAUGGCUGCAGACAACAACUACGUGGAUGUUGCCGACUACUUUCAUGGCGAUCACUCGGAAGGAUGCAGUACAAGCCACAUGGAUGGAGCGGCGGCAAACGGUCGCAUGGCAGUCCUUCCGUUUUUCCAUACGAAUCGAAGCGGACGAUAAUUGGAUCGACCUAGCGUUAUCGUUGACGUCGCGAGAUGGGGUAGGUGGCUCGUUGGCUUCUUGGUUAGGGCCAAGACGGGUCGUCGGACAUGUACCUUUCGUGGCAGGGACUGCGGGCGGACGGCUGGCGACGAUAUGUUUAGAGGAAGCUAUCGACGGCGCCAUAGCGAGUGGUCCCUUGGCAGGGGUACAGAGGAAUCGGGGUUUCGACGAGGCAAGCGUGUUGAGGCGACGCGAUGGACGCCUCAGCCGCAAAGUGGCAAUGAGGAGGUCCUGCGGUGGGUACCCGCUUUACAGACCUUGGGGGAUGGUGCUAGCCGCAAAGAAUGAACAGUGGCACGUGGUCAAGUGAUGGCGUGGCAAGGGGGAUAUCGGUAUAAGUCUGACAGGGAGUUGAUUUGCUCAACACAGCCACGACACAAGGCAAUGUGGUUCGUGGCGACCUCCCCCCACUCGCUCCAACCUUACAACUUGCUGGGAGAGGUCCGACACGAUCAAGUCGACCGACUUUUCACAACGAACGGAG